AUGGUGAAGAUGUGGAACGAUGACUCGCGUCUCAUCCUUAUUGAGGAAGUACGCAAACGACGCGAUGUCUGGGAAUAUAAAAAGGAGCGCUAUGCCACUUCAGAAAAGAAGAAGGAGCUGUUUGCCGAGGUAGCCGAUGCACUUAAUGCUUCGAAUCUAGCAACGGCCGGUAUUUAUACAGAGGAAGACGUGCGGACACAGUGGAAGAAUUUAAAAGAUACCUUUAAGCGAAAACUGAAAAGGCGGCAAGCUGAAGCAAACGCUGGCUUAGAGGAUGCUGAGCCAACUUGGCGCUUCUGGCACAAAAUGCAGUUUGUAAAAAACAAUUUUGGCCCAGACCGAAAUCGAUCCUCCUCGCUGAAUAAGUAA